CGUUCUAUGUCUCAGGGAAGGGCGCAGUAUAGUAUGCAUUUUUCUUGUUAUGAGCAAGUGCCACAAUAUGUGGUUGAUGAGUUAAAGUUAGAGUAUAAUUAAGGGUAAUAAUUAUGACAGCAGUAGUGGAAGCAUUUGGAAAGCCGCAUGUAAAUGUGGGAACAAUAGGACAUGUGGAUCAUGGGAAGACAACGUUAACAGCGGCAAUAACAAAGCAUUAUGGAAAUUUUGUAGCGUACGAUCAGAUAGAUAAAGCGCCAGAAGAAAGGAAGAGGGGGAUAACGAUAGCAACAGCGCAUGUUGAGUAUCAGACAGAGAAAAGGCAUUAUGCACACGUUGAUUGUCCUGGGCACGCUGACUAUGUAAAGAACAUGAUAGUAGGUGCAGCACAGAUGGAUGCGGCGAUAUUGGUAGUGUCAGGGGUUGAUGGGCCAAUGCCACAAACGAGAGAGCAUAUAUUGCUGGCGAAGCAGGUAGGUGUUGGAUAUAUCGUGGUGUAUAUAAAUAAAGCUGAUGUUGCUGAUGCUGAUAUGAUAGAUUUAGUAGAAAUGGAAGUGAGGGAAUUACUGAGUAAAUACGGAUUUCCAGGGGAUGAAGUGCCUGUGGUGGUUGGUUCAGCGCUCAAGGCGCUGGAGGAUGACAGCAGCGAAUAUGGAAAGAAAUCAAUAGACAAAUUGAUGGAAAAGUUAGAUGAAUAUGUAGCGGUUCCACCAAGGCCUGUGGAUUUACCAUUUUUAUUGCCAAUCGAAGAUGUGUUUUCGAUAUCGGGGCGAGGAACGGUGGUAACAGGAAGGAUAGAGAAGGGAGAGAUAAAGACGGGAGAAGAGAUAGAGAUAAUAGGUCUGAAGGGAACGCAAAAGACGAUAUGCACAGGUGUAGAAAUGUUUAAGAAGUUGCUGGAUAAGGGAAGUGCAGGACUCAAUGUAGGAAUAUUGUUAAGAGGAACAAAAAGAGAAGAAGUAGAGAGAGGGCAAGUAUUGGCAAAACCGGGGACGAUAACGCCGCAUAGAAAGUUUAAGGCGGAGGUUUAUAUAUUAAAGAAAGAGGAAGGAGGAAGGCAUACACCAUUUUUUGCGAAUUACCAGCCACAGUUUUAUUUAAGGACAACGGAUGUAACUGGGAGCAUAAAAUUGCUAGAUGGGAAGGAGAUGGUAAUGCCAGGAGAUAAUGUGAGUGUAGAAGUAGAAUUGCAAGUACCGAUAGCAAUGGAUAAGGGAUUGCGUUUUGCGAUAAGAGAAGGCGGUAGAACUGUUGGUUCUGGUGUUGUUUCUGAAAUUUUGGAGUGAGAGUUUGAGUUAUAGGAGUGUAGCUCAAUUGGUAGAGCGCUGGUCUCCAAAACCAGAGGUUGUAGGUUCAAUUCCUAUCGCUCCUGCAUUAAUGUUGUGGUGGAAAUGUUAAAAAGUUUGUGUGGUUUUUUCUGUGAUAUAAAGCAAGAAAUACGAAGAAUUGCUUGGGUAAAGAAACAGGAGGUGUUGUCAUCUCUAUUUGUUGUAAUGAUUGUUAUAUUAUGCUUUUCGAUUUUCUUCUGUUUUGUGGAUUUUAUGUCUCUUUACGUAAUUAAGGCUUUAUUUGGAAUUAUUUAUGGAAUGUGAAUAUAAAUGGUAUAUCAUUAAAGUUGAUUAUGGAUAUGAGCAAGGUAUACGCGAAUUGGUAAGUAAUGCUGUUUAUUUUAAGGAAGUGUUUAUUCCUUAUCAAACGGUAUGUAAUUCAAAGUCUGAUAUAAAAGAAUUAUGUGAAGUGUAUGUAUAUAUGCAUCUGUGUGAUGAAAGCAAAAAUAUUUUGAAUCAAACGCCUGGAUUCUGCAGUGGCGAAUCUGGUAAUUUUGAGAUGAUUUUAGAUGAUGAGAUAAGUUUAAAGUGUAAAGAAUUUAAUAGGUAUAAAUGGUAUAUCUUGAGAGUUGCUUCUAAUUGUGAAGAGAAAGUGCGCCAACAUAUAUUGGAAAAUUCUAUGAGAUUGGGUGUUAAUGAUUACUUUAAGGAAGUUUUUAUUCCAUAUGAAGAGCUAAGUGAAGUAGAGUUGAAAUCUAAGAAAAUUGCUACACGAAGGAAAUGCUUUCCUGGUUAUGUCUUUUUAUACGUGAAUUUAUGCGAUGAAGUAUUGAAUUUUAUCAAUAGUAUACCAAAAUCUCUUAAGGUUUAUGGAUUUUUGAAAAACGGUAAUAUUCCAAAGGUGAUUUUGGAUGAUGAGAUUCACUCAAUGUGUAAUGCACUUUAUAAUGCUCAAGAGACAAAGAAGUUAGGUUAUGGUUAUGAAAAAGGUGAAAAAGUGAAAAUUAAUGAUGGUCUUUUUCAAAAUUUUACUGGUAAGGUAAAUAUGGUAAACGAUGAGAAAAAAAUUAUUAAUGUGGAAGUAUCGAUUUUAGGUAAGCCGACAAUAAUAGAGCUUGAUCUGGCUCAAGUAGAGAAAAUAGAGGAUUAAUUAUGAGUGUUAUAGUUGCUAAGAUUAACUUACUUAUGGAAGCUGGGAAAGCAGUUCCAGGACCGAAAAUUGCUUCAGUACUUGGUCCACGUGGUAUACCUGUUCCUAAGUUUUGUGAAGCUUUUAAUAAAGUUACUAGUGCUGCUAACGCUAAUUAUAAAGUAGGCGAUUUAGUAACAGUGCGAAUUUCCAUAAAGGAUGAUCGCUCUCAUGAUUUUACUGUCAGCGGUCCGCCUGUGGCUUAUUUACUUAAGCAGGAGGCUAAAUUAAGUAAAAGUUCUGGUAAUCCUGGUAAAGAAUUAGUGGCUAAAUUACCUAUGUCUGCUAUAAUUAAAGUAGCAAAGUGCAAGAUGGUUGAUAUGAAAGUGGAUAAUGAAGAUUCAGCAGUGAAAAUGGUUGUAGGCACUGCAAAAUCUAUGGGUAUAGAAGUUGUGGAAGGUUAGGUAAAUGAAUACAUAUAAUGAUAAUCCUAAGCAGUGUUUGAAGAAGAUUGUUGAGUCUGCUUCAGCAAAAUUUAAUGAAUCAGUUGAUAUUGUGGUCAAUUUAGGCGUAGAUUCACGUAAAUCUGAAGAGCAGGUGCGUGGUACAGUAGUUUUGCCUAAAGGUAUCGGGAAGAAUAUUAAAGUAGCUGUUUUCGCUCAAGAUAAACAUUUAUUAGAAGCUGAAAAAGCUGGUGCUGAUAUUGCAGGAGGAGAGGAUUUAGUUGAAGAAAUAAAAAAAGGUAGAAAGUUAGAUGUUGAUUGGUGCAUUACUACUCCUGAUUUUAUGGCAAAAAUCACUCCUAUUGCAAAAGUAUUGGGUGCUAAAGG